CUCUCCUCAUCCAAAUAGCUAAAGACCUGUGAAGUUAAGAGCUGCAGUGCAUCGGUCCAGCUAACUAGCUAUCGAUCAGUCCAGUGAUCGACUGGUAGCAGUGAGCACGAUGAGGUCGUGGUUAGUGUUUGCAUGUGCUGUGCUGGUGGCCUCCUCGGUGGCGCGCGCGUCGCCGCCCCUGGAGGUUGGGUUCUACAAGCACACGUGCCCCCAGGCCGAGGACAUCGUGCGCAACGCCGUCCGCCGCGCCGUCGCCAGGGACCCCGGCCUCGCCGCCGGCCUCAUCAGGAUGCACUUCCACGACUGCUUCGUCAGGGGAUGUGACGCGUCGGUCCUGAUCGACUCGACGCCGGGGCACGAGGCGGAGAAGGACUCGCAGGCGAACAACACGAGCCUGCGUGGGUUCGAGGUCAUCGACGAGGCCAAGGCCAUCGUGGAGGCGCACUGCCCGCGCACGGUGUCCUGCGCCGAUAUCGUGGCCUUCGCGGCGCGCGACGGGGCAUACCUCGCCGGCGGCAUCGACUACCGCGUCCCCUCGGGCCGCCGCGAUGGUCGCGUCUCUAACAAGCACGAGGUGCUCGACGACAAUGUGCCGUCCCCGACCUUCACCGUGGGGGAGCUCGUGGAGAACUUCAGGCGCAAGGGGCUCUCGUCCGACGACAUGGUGACGCUCUCCGGCGCGCACACCAUCGGGCGGUCGCACUGCUCGUCGUUCACGCAGCGUUUGUACGACUUCGGCGGCGAGCCCGGACGGACGGACCCGUCCAUCGACCCAGCGUACGCGGCGGACCUGAAGCGGCGGUGCCCGCCGUCGACGGGCGACAUGGAAGACCUCACGACGGUGCCGCUCGACCUGAAGACGCCGGCCAGCUUUGACAACCAGUACUUCAAGAACGUGCUGGCGUACAAGGUGCCGUUCACCUCCGACCAGACGCUGCUCGACAGCCCCUGGACGGCAGGGAUCGUCGCGUUCCACGCCGCCGUCGGUCAAGCUUGGGAGUCCAAGUUUGCCGCGGCGAUGGUCAAGAUGGGAGCCAUCGAGGUGCUCACCGGCAACGAGGGGGAGAUCAGGGAGAAGUGCUCCGUGGUGAACCACUACUAGUUGACUCUGCUACUGGGUCAAAGCACAAUUUUACGACCAGGAUUAGUCGUCGGCAACAAAACUGUACAUUUAAGCUUGGGCUAAGGCGCGGGAGUGCAUAAUUUGGUGGAAGGCCGAUAAUGCGAGGCCCAUCAUCUGUCGGUGAGGCCCUCAAUGUUGUGAAGGCCCAUGUGAAUGCGGGCCUAUUUAUGUUUAUUCUUGAUUAUUUGUGUUUUUCUCUUCUGAGUA